CAGACAGGCUCGUGCUCGCUCAGGCUCACUACUCCUCUGCAGCUUGGCUGGGCAGCCCGGUCCAUCUGUGACACCUUGUGGCCUCCUCCUGGCCUCUGUGCCCCCAGGCAGAAGACAGCUGCCCUGCCCCAGCCCUGCCUGGGCUAGCCUGCUUCUGGCAUCCUCUUGGCCCUCUCAGACUCAUCCAAUGCUGUUGCUUCCCUUUUCCCACAAGUGGGUUUCUGGGUGGGGCAGCUGCUCCUUCUCCUCCUCCAGGGAGCCUUCAUGGACUCCUCCCUCCAUCCUACCCCCAAGAGUCUUUCUGGCUGGCCCCACACAGCUGGGCAUCUGGUAGGCCCUAUGCUGGGGCCUCAGUUCUCCCAGAAGCCCCACUGGAGUGUACCCGACCCUCCCAGGAGACCCUGGAGUGCAGGAGAGGGGAAGGGGUUGGCACAGAAGGUGAGGAAGGGAGUAGAGGAGACUUUGGCCAGGCGCAGGUAGGGGAGGGGCUGUUGGGGCUGGAGACCCACUCAGGCAGGCCCCCCAGGACUGAACAAUGCUUCUUCCCAGGGAGUCCCUGGCAACAGAGGGGUCCACUAGUGAGGUCACAGAACUCUCUGGGGGAAGAGCCCUUGGGGAAGGGAGUCCUGAGUCUCUGAAAAUGAAUUUUGACCAGAAGGCGGUGAAAUUCCUGGCAAAUUUUUACAUCAAUGGGGGCAAACACUGGACCCAUGGACCUCUAAGGCAGCAGCCACUAGAGCCCGGCCAGCCCAGUGCUGUGGUGCUGUUGUCAGGCUCAGAGCCAGGGACGUACUGGGAGAUGUGGUCCUCAAAGACCAAGGAGGUCCCAGCCGUCCUCCGGAUACAUAGGGGCACCACCCAGGACUUCUCACCUACCUACACCCAGACCCUGAGGGAGCUGCUGCUGAAGCGGCGGCCCCCCAUCGUGACCGACCUGGAUGUCCCCGGCCCCGCCAAGUACGAGGUGCCCAGUGCGUCCGUGCGCGAAUCCUCUCCGCAUCCCCGCUACAGCAUAGGCCACAAGCACCAGGGCCGAGAGGGCGGCGGCCGCCGCGCGUGGCAGACCCCCUGGCUCCAGAGCGAAAGCCCCUUCACUCAGAAGGUCGACUUCAACCGGGAGCAAAAGUGGCCUUCGCCGGCCGACCACGUGCCUGUCAGCCGGUCGGCCUGCCCUGCCUUCAGCUUCGGGGGCCGCAGGCCCUCCUCCCAGACGGCGGUGGGCCAGGCGCGCCCCAGGCUGCUUGGGACCGGAGUGCCGCGCCUCCGAGCCCAGUCCCUGAUCCAGGGUUCCCUGCGGGCGCCUGGCGAGAGGCGCCCCGCCCCCAAUACCUACGAUAUCCUCCCGGGGUGCAGUAUGCAGAGCGCCCGCUCGCCUGCCUUCUCCAUGAGCCGCUCCCCUGCGUUCGCCUCUUGGUUCCGCUCCUCUCAGACCCCGGGCCCGGGCCCGGCCGCCUACCAGGUGGAGGACUGCUACAACUCAUGCUUCCCCUCCUCGCCGGGAGUGGUCAUCCAGGGCGUGCGCAGGCCCAAGCGGCACGACACAGGCCCCUUCUGCACGCUCUAGAGCCCACUGGGCACAGCCUGCCCGGCCGGUUAUCAAGUGGCCUCCUUUGGGGCUUCCCCCGGCCUGCCUCUGCAACUCGGCUCCCCUGGCCUGGCCCUCUGACCCUCUGGGCACCCCUGAACCACCUUCCUGGCCAGCUGAUGCUUCUGUGGGCUGUGGACAAGGAGAGCCCAGCCCAGAGCCCCCACCUGCCCAUCCCCCCAUUAUACAGAGAUUUGUUGGUUCUUCUGAA